UCUCUCCACCUCCCACACCUCGCUCAGCCCCGCCUCGCCCUCGUCACUUGCGCACCACACAGCGCAGCACGCAGCACAGCGCAUCACACUUCCUCGCCGCGCCCUCCGUCGCACCACCGCGCGCCCGCACCAUGGCUGCCGCCGCUCGCGCGCCGCCGCGCCUCCUCCAGUUCAAGCUCGUCCUCCUCGGCGAGAGCGCCGUCGGCAAGUCGAGCCUCGUCCUGCGCUUUGUCAAGGACCAGUUCGACGACUACCGGGAGAGCACCAUCGGUGCCGCCUUCCUGACGCAGACGGUCAGCCUCGAUGAGUCGACGACUGUCAAGUUCGAGAUUUGGGACACGGCAGGGCAGGAGCGCUACAAGUCGCUCGCGCCAAUGUACUACCGCAACGCCAACUGCGCCGUCGUCGUCUACGACAUCACGCAGCCUUCGUCGCUAGAGAAGGCAAAAGCAUGGAUUCGGGAGCUGCAGCGGCAGGCAGAUCCCAACAUCAUCAUUGCGCUGGCGGGCAACAAGGCGGACCUGGCCAGCCGGCGUGCUGUGCCGAGCGAGGAGGCACAGGCGUACGCGUCCGAGGAGAACCUGCUCUUCCUCGAGACGUCGGCCAAGGACAACGCCAACGUCUCGGAGCUCUUCACGAUGAUUGCGCGCAAGCUGCCGCUCGAGUCGGCCGCCAACGCGCAGCGCGGCGGCGGGCGUGGCGGCAGCACGCUGGGCGGCGCCGCUGCGGGCCAGCAGCGGCCGGGCGUGGAUCUGCGGGGCAACCAGGGCCAGGGCAACGGUGGCUGCUGCUGACCUCGUCGCUGCUCUCCUCAUUUGUCUCGCUCGCUACGCCAUCGCUGCGCUUAUGUCUGUCUCCUCCCGCUGUACUCUAAUCUGGCGCACGCAUGGCCGAUGCCCCGCGUGCCGCCCACCACGUGUACAUACCUCUCGCGCCACGUCCCUUCACGCAAUGCCACGCCGG